AUGCGUAUCUUACGCGGUGUGCAUCUACCCAGUCGUGGGUACGAAUGCGAGCAGCAACCCCGAUCAGAGGAUGGGAAGCAUGCGUCUGGCCUUGCGCGAGGGAAAGUGAGCCAAUUCGAGGACAACGAGCGGUUAGGCGUGAACAAAUGCGUGCACGUCUGUGCGCUCCGUUGUUGCGGUGUGCUGAGUGAAAUGUACCCACCGAAAAAGACGGCCAGACAAGAUGCCUCCGCUGCUCGUGUACGGCCGCGUGACGUGUUAGCGUGUGCAAUGUACACGCACGUAAUCACGCAUGGAAGCACACUCGAGCGCGGCGCUGGUGGAUGGCAAAGCCAGUGCGUUGUCCGACAUUUGGGCUUAGCCGAGAAAGCAGUCCGCAGCUGGAGGCUUGCUGCCGAUGGAGUCGAUCCAAAGCGCCAGUCAGGCGCACGGUAG